AUUUGUUUUGGACACACGGUGAGUCGUUAAUAGGGUUUUGGGUUUUUGCUCUUCCCACUCAAAACGCACCGGCGAGGUCGGGAUCUCGAACCUAGGGUUUCCGCGCCACCACCGCCCACCGGCCAUGGCGAGCGGCGGCGCCCCCGCAUCGACCUCCGGCGCCGGGGGCGGCGCUGGCACCAAGACCGUGUCCGCCUCGCUGUGGUGGGACCCCUUCGUCGCCCUCUGCGACGACCUCGACCGCGCCGCCGCCUCCCCCUCCGCCGCCGUCUCCGACGCCCUCGCGGAGCGGAUUAAGGGCCACCACGAGUGGCUCCGCGGGGCGGUCUCGAUGUUCGGGAAGCCGAACGGCGCCUCGAGGGCCGCGCUCGACGCCGGCCAGGUCGCCGUCGGGGAGCACCGCCUGGCCGUCAAGCCCGACCUCAAGGAGGCCGCGCUCCGCGCGAGCAAGUCCCUCGACCUGGACGAGGUGCAGUCGUACAUCCUGGUGAAACGGUCUUCAGAGAGCGCCCCAACGACCCGUGACGCUGACCCUCAGGAGCUCCUUCGGCGGGUGUCUCUGCAAUACUACCUUGAGCGUCAGUGCCUGCUCAAGUGCAUUCGGAGAAUCUUUGUUCAUGCCACAUGCACAGAUGAUGAUUCUGAUUCAUCCGACGCCAUAAAGCAAGAGGCCUCGCUGUUAGGCAGUGACGAGAUGGAGCGGAGAUUGCUGUCCAUCAUUAAAGAUUCCCUUGCGGCUGCAUUUUCGGUGAAAUCAGCAGCUGAUUUGACGGUUUCUUGGCUGGAAGAAAGCUUGAUUGAGAUUAACCUGAUCCUGGACAUUCUGUUUCUUGCUAUCUGUGAUAACUUCUCAAGGUGCAAUGGUGGGCUGUGGAUAGCUCUGUGCUCGCUGUUUAGGGAUAUGCUCUCUGGCUCUUAUGAUGUUGGAAAAUUUGCUGUGUCUGCUGAAGCAAAGAGAUCAUUUCAUUAUGCUAAAGCUCAGCUACUCCUUAUUCUCAUCGAGACUUUGGACCUCGAAAAUCUCCUCCGAAUGGUUCAUGACGAAGUCUCUUUCAGUGGAGGGUAUUCCCAGUAUUCUGUUGCUGAAAUUCUUGAGAUGGAUAUUGAAGUAUCAAGAUUGCCUGAAUUUGAAGUGGAAUCAGGACCACUACUUCUUGCUUGGGCAGUUUUUCACUGCCUGCUCCUGUCUCUUCCAGGAAAUAAUGCCAACUUGGAAAUUGAUCAUGCAUCUUAUGCCCAGCGGGCUUUUGAGCUUGCACCCUUCAAUUAUUUACUUGGAGUUCUUUGCUCAAGCAUCUUCAGGGAGUCAGAUGGUCCUGUUUCUGGUUUUCGUGCUGUACUGAGAUCUUUCAUUUCAGCUUUCAUUGCUUCAUAUGAGAUAUCUUAUCAGACAGAAGACAGUUCUCUUGGUGUGAUACUGAAUAUUAUAUGCGAAGUUUAUGGUGGAGAGGAAUCACUAUGUAUGCAAUUCUGGGACAAAGAUAGUUGUGUUGAUGGUCCAAUCAGAUCUGUUCUUCAAAUGGUGGAGAAAGAGUAUCCUUUCCAAAUAACAGAUCUGCUUCGCUUCUUAUCAGCUGUUUCUUAUGGGACAUGGCCUGCUCAAUGUGUAUAUAAUUACCUGGAGAGGAUGAAUGGGCUAACAACACUGUAUGCAACCCCUGGCAGUGUCCCUGAUAGUCUGAACUACUGUGAUCAAAUUGAAAUUCAUCAUCCAAUCAGCAUUCCUGGUAUGGAAGGCAUUACAUUACCCCGUGGAACACGUGGUUACAUUUUGAGAAGUCUUGAAGACAAUGCUGCAUUAGUCCGUUGGGAGUUCCCACAUUCAGGCGUUUUCAUUUUGCUCCUCACUUUAGCACAAGAUCUAUAUUCAUGCAAUUAUGUGGAAGCCUGCGAUAUAAUGGACUUACUGUAUCAGAUGGUAUCAUCAAAUCAGGAUCUGUGCUCUGCUUUGCUGCAUGCUGACAAGUCACUUGCUGUUCAAAAAUCAAAGAGUUUGGGCCAAAUUGGAGAAUAUAUCAGGAUUGAUGUUGUUAAAAUCCUUUGCUCAUCAAUUUUCAAAUAUGAGCAAGAUGGUAAUAAUGCCAGCAUAAUGUCAAAAACCUUCAGCAUGUUAUCAGAAUUUCUGAAGUGUGUUCCAUACCGUGUGUUCGACGUGGCGUUAGAAUGCGGCAUCUUCAGCUCACGAUUAAAUGACCCCUCAAGUGAUUGGCUACUUUCUGGUGCACUAGCUAGAAUGCUUUUUGCCGCCUCUGAGGAAAAUGGAGACUGUUCAUCACUUACCACUUCAUUGCUUGAUUUUGCCAUUCAGGUUUUGCGGAAAGGAGCCGCCGCUGAUGACAUGAUAUCACCGUUCAUUGUUUUUUCAAUUCAAUACAUCAUGGUCAAUCAUAUGAACUGGAAACACAAGAAGUAUAGUCGCUGGAAGACAACCUUGAAGGUGUUUGAAUUGGUGAAGAGCUGUAUUCAAGUCAAACCAUUCUUGUCAAAGCUUGGUGGCAUCAUUUGGCAAAUGCUACUAUAUGAUUCUUCUAUUCACAGUGUUCUUUGGCAUGCUGUGUGCACGUCCAUGCAAUUAUUGGAAUCGCGUGGCAGCUUCAGUAAUGGUGUUGAAGAUAUUGAAGAUAUACAACUUGUUCUUUGCUGUGGACUUGAUAUUAUAUUUUUCAUGCUGUCCAACUUACCAGAGGACUUGAUGCCAGUUGCACCUUUUGUUACUUUGGUUUUGUCAUCUUCAUUGAAGCCCUUACCUUUCAUCACAGCUACAAUAUUGUCUAUGUCCUUUCAGAAUUCUGCUUUACAAGUUAGUGCAGCUAGAGCAUUAUCAGUAUUGUGCUUCACUGCCCACAGAGUCCAACCUCAACUCAUGGAAAAUGGUAGCUUUCUUGUUGAUGGUUCAGAGAUAUGUAGAUUGCAAGCAAGUAUUUCCCAAAUUCUUAACAAGGAAGAUGAUACUAAUAAUUGUUUGAUCGUGGCUAUAUUCAGCCUUCUGACUUCUGUUGCUCGCUAUCAGCCUGCUCUUUUUGUUUCACUGACAGAGGAGAAUGCAAUGAUACAAGCUGAUCAUAGUAAUUCUGCAAAUUCUCAGACCAAUGGUUCUUCUACCCUCAACAGUUCAAGAAGUAAUUCGAGACUUGUUGAGCAAAUGUUGGGAUACAUUGAAAAUUCGACCGAGUUUAUGAAUAGUUCUCCUUCUCUGUUACUUAGCAUCCUUGACCUACUCGAGGCAUUAUGGGAAAGUGGUGUGCAAUUCAUAUGCAUAUUAGAUAAGCUGCGAAGCUCUAGAACGUUCUGGGAGAGCUUGUCACGUUGUAUUCGUGGCACCUUUGAUCAUUGCCCUGUUGACACUGUUGAUGAGAAAGUUUCUUCGAGGUAUAAUUGCCAGGCUAAAAUUUUCAAGAUCAUGUCACAUGAGUUGUUCUUGAAAGGGAGAUUACUUGUGGAAGCAAAAACUUCUAAUCCUGUAGCAGAUGGUACAACGGGGCAAAAAGAACCUUCUGCAUCUUCUCCAAGCAACGCAGUUUGCAAAUGGUUUGAUAGUGCUCUCUUGGAAGAUUUUAUCAAUCAUUUGUCAAGCAACGGAUACCAGAAGGAGCUUUUUCAUCGUGCCAAGGUAGCUUCAUGCGUUUGCAUCAUCCGUCUGAUAACGAAGUUGUCCACUGGUGAUACUGCCAGCUUGUCUUUGUCGGCAGUGAAGAAGAUUCAGCUAAUCUCUAGCAAAUUAUUACAACACCGUGCAUUCAUAGCUCUGCUAUCACAGUAUGCCCUGCAUGGCUACAGUGGUGAGCAAGAACUUACCAGUUUGGUAAUCAAUGAUCUUUACUAUCAUAUACAUGGAGAACUCGAGGGUCGUCAGAUUACUCCUGGUCCCUUUCAGGAGCUCUUGUGUUUCCUUCUGGAGUUUAAGUUUUUUGAAUGCAAUGCUACAGAGCAACCACAUAGCGCCUUCCCAGCAGUCAGUGGCAAUGUUUUGUUUGAUGUUGCACACACUCGUGAUGAUCUUGGAGUUAAACUUUGGAAUCAUUCAGAUUGGAAACCCUGCAAAGAAGUAGCUGAAAAAAUGCUGGAUAUUAUGCAUAAAGCAAAUCUGAUGAAGCGUCAUGCUGAUGCAAAGCUUUGUACAUUAAGGUCCUUCAUAACAUUUCUAUCUGUCUACACUGGAACAAGUUCCAGUAAUGAACUCACCUUACCUGAUGGAGGGAUUUCUGCAACAGCUAUGGAAUCAGCAAUUAGAUGUGCAUGCAAAUAUUUGCAGUCAACUGUUGAUUCUCUAUUUCCUGAAGUUGAUACGAAUGAGGUUUUGUUUCCCCUAUUGUCUGGGCAAGUGGACUUACUGCUUACACUUACCAGGUUCUUAUUUCACCAAGCUAAGCAAACCAAGAGCUAUGUUCAUCUCUAUCCAGUUAUUGUACUUCUUAUGAGAACCUCAGGUGCCAGCACAUCAUUUUUAGUUGAUCUCGUGCCAUCAAGUCCUGCUCUUAAGAAACCAGUGAAGUCCCUCCUUGUUCUGAUUCUGUCUUUAUUUGAAUUCAUUUAUGGUAAGGAUGACAUGAAAGAUGGAUCAGGUGAUGCUAAUCUGUUUGGUGAAUCAUCCAUUAUAAGUAUGAGGUUGUUACCUGUACUCUGCAAAUUGGCUGAGAAUAGGGAAUAUUCUGAUCUUGCUGUUGGAUCAAUGGACUUACUAUUGAAGGGCUUUAUACCCCCCAAUGUAUGGUUGCCAAUUCUACAAAAGCAUUUCCGUCUCCAGGCUAUACUGCAUAAAUGUCAGAAUGGUGCAAUAUUGUCUACUCAAGUAAUUUUGAAUUUCCUCUUGACCUUGGGGCGGACAAAGGAAGGUGCUAAAAUGCUUCAGUCUGCAAAUAUUUUUGCUUUCUUGAAGGUACUUCUAAGUAAGUUAUCUCUGGAUGACUCCUGUUUCAGAAAUUCUUUGAGCAGCCAAGCGAAGGAUGUGCAUAUGUGGAGUUUGGCUCUUGCUAUAGUCGCCUCUCUCAACCAUUGUAUGGAUGAUGAUGUUUCUCGUAGCAGUGUUGCGAACGGGACUGUCAGCUUCCUUGCAGGACAAGUUCCGCUGAUGUCCUCUUAUCUAUCUGCGCAAAGUGUUAAUACACAUCAGAACAAGAAAAGGGCGGUGUUGCAACAGUCGCAGACAUCACUUUCAGCUCUGAGUUUAACUGAGAAUAUCCUCUCACUUCUAUGUGUUUUAGCAAAAUAUCAUUUUCCACGGGACACUGGUAUGAUGCAAGUAGAUUCAGAAUUAAGAGAGAUUAUUAUCCACCUGCUUGCUUUUAUUAGCAGAGGAAGUGCAAGGACUGGCGAUUCACCAAACUGGAACCCAUCAUUUUGUUGUCCUCCUAUUGCUAAGGAAGAAGUGGUGCUUCAUGAAGAUCCACCACUCAUCAGGAGCAAACAUGGAUGGUUCAGAUUUGCUGCAAGCAGUUCUCUUUCCACUGCAGCUAUUUCUGCUCCUUCCAAUGCAGCAUUAUCUCUGGUGAUCAGAGACAAAAAUAGUGGAGAUUCUGGUUCUGUGAAACAGACUCGUUUUACCGAGAUGGUAGCUGUGCAGAUUUACAGAAUAGCUUUCCUUAUUAUGAAAUUCCUGUGCAGUCAAGCCAAAGAGGCAGUAAAAAGGGCAGGAGAAUUAGAAUUUGUUGAUCUUGCACAUUUUCCUGAACUUCCCAUGCCAGAUAUUCUUCAUGGUCUGCAGGAUCAAGUGGUUUCUAUCGUUACCGAAGUACUGGGGGCAAAUGGAUCGAGCGCCCUCAGCGGGGAGACCGAUAGGGUAUGCCGUCUUCUGUUGGUGACCCUCGAGGCAUCACUCUACAUGGAACUGUGCGUGUCCCAGUCAUGCGGCAUCAGGCCAGUGCUGGGCCGGUUUGAAGAUUUCUCCAAGGGAAUUAAGGCGAUGCUUCACGCUUUGGAGAAACAUUCCAGUUUGAAACCAUUGGUCAGGUCACUUGCUCAGAUUACGACACUCCUGUAUCCUGGGCUUGCUCAAAGCAACUUCCUCACCAUGUAAUCAGUGUGUAGAUUGUAUCUCUGUGGCUGGUAAAGUCUUUUGCUAUGGUUCAUAUAGUGGCAACAGGUUCAGUAAAAUCGACCCGUUUACAGUGGAGACGGUCGCCCUGAGUUUAAUCUGCUGCUAUGGUUCAUAAAUGAAAUCGUUUAGUCAGCUAACAUGUCACGUACCGUUCAUGCAUGUAUAUUUAUGUAUGCUUGCAUGCAUGUACUCUAUCAAGGGUUUCCACCCUUCUGAACAUGGUCCAACCUCGCGCACAUAAAUAGGGCAAGAUUCUGAUAUUUGGGAACAUAUCUUGUAUCAAAUCUGGCACGACUUUUCCUUUGAAACGCAUUCGAUCUGAUUCUGAUA